AUGUCGGGCCCUAAGCUCUCUGACAAGGAGCUCUUUGAGCUCAAUGCCAAGGCUGCUGUGAAGAACUACAGCGUGGACCCACGUCUGGACUACCGAACGGUGUCCGCUAUUAACGGACCGCUGGUGGUGCUGGAGAAUGUCAAGUUCCCAUCGUACAAUGAGAUUGUGUCCUUGACGCUUCCUGAUGGAACGCGUCGAGGUGGCCAGGUGCUCGAGGUGUCGGGCAACAAAGCUAUCGUGCAGGUGUUUGAGGGCACGUCAGGUAUUGACGUGAAGGACACCCAUAUCGAGCUCACCAAGUCGUCGAUGAAGCUGCCUGUGUCGGAAGACAUGCUAGGACGCGUGUUCAAUGGAUCGGGUAAGCCUGUCGAUAAUGGUCCUCGUGUGUUUGCCGAAGACUUUUUGGACAUCAAUGGCUCCCCCAUCAACCCGUACUCACGCGCAUAUCCUGAGGAAAUGAUUCAGACGGGUAUCUCCACGAUUGACACAAUGAACUCGAUUGCUCGUGGUCAAAAGAUCCCUAUCUUCUCGGCCUCGGGUCUUCCUCACAAUGAAAUCGCCGCCCAGAUUUGUCGUCAGGCCGGCCUGGUCAAGAAAGCCACCAAGGGCGUGCACGACGACCAUGAGGACAACUUUACGAUCGUGUUCGCUGCCAUGGGUGUGAAUAUGGAAACGGCUCGCUUCUUUAAGCAAGACUUUGAAGAGAAUGGCUCGCUCGACCGCGUCACCCUCUUCCUUAACCUCGCCAACGACCCCACGAUCGAGCGUAUCAUCACGCCGCGUCUGGCGCUCACGACGGCCGAGUACUUCGCGUACCAGCUCGAGAAGCACGUCCUGGUCGUCAUGACUGACAUGACGUCCUAUGCAGAUGCUCUGCGUGAAGUGUCGGCCGCGCGUGAGGAAGUACCAGGUCGUCGUGGUUACCCCGGUUACAUGUACACAGACUUGGCUACCAUCUACGAACGUGCUGGCCGUGUGGAAGGCCGCAAUGGCUCAAUCACGCAGAUCCCUAUUUUGACUAUGCCUAACGACGACAUGACACACCCGAUUCCUGACUUGACAGGCUACAUUACCGAGGGACAGAUCUAUGUCGACCGGCACCUGCACAACCGACAGGUGUAUCCGCCGAUCAACGUGCUGCCGUCGCUCUCGCGUCUGAUGAAGAGCGCUAUUGGUGCCAAACACACGCGUGUCGAUCACAGCGACGUGUCGAACCAAAUGUAUGCAGCCUAUGCCACGGGUCGUGACGCUGCAUCGAUGAAGGCCGUCGUCGGUGAAGACGCGCUGAGCAACGAGGACAAGCUGACGCUUGAAUUCAUGGAGCGCUUCGAGAAAGAGUUCGUGGCGCAGGGCGCGUACGAAACACGCACGAUCUUUGACUCGCUCGACUUGGGCUGGUCGCUGCUGCGUAUCAUGCCAAAGGAGAUGCUCAACCGUAUCAGUCCCAAGAUCAUCAAGGAGUUCUACUCGCGCAAGGCAACCAAGCAUGCGGAUGAGACAGAGGAUGCUAAGCCGAGCGUGACGGAAGAGUAG